CGCCACCGCCCCCCGGGACCCCCAUGGCACCGCCGCGAUGUUUGUGUCCCGGGUCCUGGACUUCCAGAAGACGCGCUACGCCAGGUUCAUGAAUCAUCGUGUCCCGUCCAACUGCAGGUACCAGCCGACCGAGUAUGAGCAUGCAGCAAACUGUGCCACUCACGCAUUCUGGAUCCUGCCCAGCAUCCUCGGCAGCUCCAUCCUGUACAUCCUCUCUGAUGACCAGUGGGAAACCAUCUCAGCCUGGAUCUAUGGCUUUGGCUUGUCCAGCCUCUUCAUUGUUUCCACCGUCUUCCACACCAUCUCCUGGAAGAAGAGGCAUCUCAGGACCGUGGAGCACUGCUUGCAUAUGUUUGACAGGAUGGUGAUCUACUUCUUCAUUGCAGCAUCGUACGCUCCCUGGCUGAACUUGCGGGAGCUGGGUCCCUGGGCCUCCCACAUGCGGUGGAUCAUCUGGAUCAUGGCGUCUAUUGGGACCGUCUACGUUUUCUUCUUCCAUGAGCGGUACAAGCUGGUGGAGCUGGUGUGCUACAUCAUCAUGGGCUUCUUCCCCGCCUUGGUCAUUCUCUCCAUGCCCAACAGGGACGGCCUCCUGGAGCUGGUGGCUGGUGGACUCUCCUACUGCCUGGGCAUGGUCUUCUUCAAAAGCGAUGGCCGCAUCCCCUUCGCCCAUGCCAUCUGGCACCUCUUUGUGGCCAUUGGAGCUGGCAUCCACUACUACGCCAUUUGGAGGUAUCUCUACCGGCCUGGCACGCUGGAGGCUAAAACAUCCCGGUAG